AUGGCGCGCACCACAACCAGGAAUGGCUCUUCAGCAGCGGGAAGCCGUGCCACCGCCCAGCCUCAGUCGGCAGAUGCAUCCAGAGACUUCGACGAUUCCGAUGGCUCUCUUACCGAGCUCUCCUCAGAGGGCGAGGAUAGCGACCAGCAGGAGUCGGAAUCAGACGAAGACAUGAACGAGGACGACGAUGACAACGACGGUGACUUUGGCUCAAGCCGCAAGAAGAAAGCACCGCGCCGUUCCAGUGGGGCCGCCUCCAAGGCAAGAUCGGCUAACACCACUCCACGCCCCAGAAAGACAGCAGGCGCGAGCAGAAACGGCGCCAAGAAGACGCCACGCUCUACCUCAAAGAAGUCCGGCCCAUCUCGACCCAGAGCCGGUACUGCUGCGGCGACGCCUUCUGCAGCACGAUCGCGAACAGCCGCCAGCCGAGACGAGCUUCCCAUCAACGAGGACAAUGACAUUUUCAAUGCCGUCAAAGAUCCCAACUCGGCUCUGCAGUCCAACGCCGAGGACUGGGUGGUGGCCUUCUCGGAUCACCAAGGUCGCGCUCUCGCUGAGCUCGUCAAUUUCGUCAUCCGUGCCUGCGGCUGCAAUGGCAGCGUCGACGAGAAUCAGGUCAUCGACAUUGACAACGUCGUCGACAACCUCGAGGAGCUGCAAGAGGUCUUCAAGAAGCAGCCCAUCCCUUCCUACCCCAUCGUCUCCAGAAGCAAGACCUUCAAGUCGUUCCGCAAGUCGCUCAACGAGUUCCUUCACCGACUGAUCAUGAGCGCAUACGAGGCCGAAGUCUUGACCUCCGACGGGUUCAUGGAGCCCUACCAGGCCUGGGUCUCCGCCAUGUCCUCGUCCUCGCUGCGAUCAUUCCGUCACACCGCCACUAUCGUCGCGCUCUGGACCAUAUCGGCGCUCAACGAGGUCAAUGCUCAGGCCACCAAGGACCUCUCCACCGCAACCAAGCAGCGAGACGCCGAGAAGAAAAAGGCACGCACCGACAAAAGCCGACUCAAGGAUCUGGAGACCAAAGUGCUCGAAUCGCGAAAGCUUAAGAAGCAGCUCGACGAAUACAUCAACGAGUUCAUCAACUCGGUGUUUGUCCAUCGUUUCCGCGACUUUGACGCGGGCAUCCGAUCCGAGUGCGUCGAAGCCCUUGGCUCGUGGAUGAAGAAAUACCCGACCCAGUACCUGCAGAGCUCCUACUUCCGCUACAUCGGCUGGGUUCUUUCGGAUGUCGACGCCAAUGUGCGCAUGGCCGCCGUCCAGGCUAUGACCGGUCUCUACACCCGCGACAACUUUGUCAGCUCCAUCCGUACCUUCACGGAGCUCUUCAAGGGUCGUCUCGUGCAGAUGGCUACGGGCGAUGUAGAGCUUGGCGUCCGCAUCGCCACCAUCAAUGUCCUCGUCAUGAUCGACAAACACGACCUGCUGGAGGACGAGCAGCGUGACCUGCUGGCCACACACAUCUUCGACGUCGAACCGCGCAUCCGCAACGCCGUCGCCAGCUUCCUCGCCAACAUUUUGGACGAGAUGGUCAGCGAAGGCGCCAGCGAGCUAGGCUCUCUGUCGGCGGCCUCGAAGAAGAAGGGCAAGCAGGCAGAGGAGCAGCAGCAUGAGCAGGCCAAGCUUCGUUUCAAGUGUCUCGCCGAGCUGCUUGUCAAGUACGGCCAACGUCUCGAUGCUCAAGACGUUGCUGCAACUACGAGCAAUGUUUCGGACGAGCUCGCUGUGGUCAUCGACGGCGCCAAAGAAGGCCGAGUCGGGAUGGCGGUCGAGGCGCUCUGGGACGCGGUCGACGACUUGCAGCACUGGAAACCCCUUAUCGACUUGCUCUUGCUUGAUCACUCUGGCAAAGACGCUGCCGGACGCAACAAGAGUGCUGCAGCUGCGGAGAAUGCCGCUCCCGCCGUCUACCGUCUCGAUACCGAUGAGGAAGCCAUCUUGGUGGAAGCGUUGGUCGCCAUCCUGCGCAAGACAUACGCAGGUGCCGAGCUCAAUGAGGACCCCGAGGACACCACAAAGGAGGAUGUCACGCGUGCCAUGAUCGCGGCACUGCCCAAGCUCCUCGCCAAGUACCGCACCGAUGCACCCCGCAUCGCCGACCUCUUGCUUCUCCCGCACGUAAUGGAUCUCGAGAUGUACACCGAGCUGCAAGAGACGACUGCGUUCGAGGCGCUCUGGGACGACGUCUCUACUCAGAUUCAGCGCCACGUCGAACCGCUCGUGCUCAAGCAUGGCGUCCAGACUCUGCAGAAGCUGGUGGCGACAACGUCUCAGUCUUCCAUCAACAAGACAAAGCUUUCAGCGCUUGAGGAGGGUCUCGUGUCGUCCCUCCGAGAGACCGUCAGCGAUCGCGAUGUCGAGACGGCCGGUUUCAGCGAAGACGAGGUCCAUCUCCUCGCAGCUAACAUGCUCCGUCUGCACCUCGUCAGCCAGGUGACCAACACCAGCGAUGCUCUCGAGGACGACGAGAAUGGACAGGCGACGAGCGGCUGGGAGAUUGUGCUCGGCAUCGCUGGACGGGGACGGCUGGCAUACCACGAGGAGGAGAGCUUGGUGCGCGACGCCAUUGCCGUGCUGACUCUGCACGUCAUGUGGAAGACGCGACAGGUGAUCUUGCCUGAAGCUGGCUCGCAGACGGCCUUGGCUGAGGCUCUGCUCGGCAAGCGCAACACGCUGCUCAGCCUGCUGGAAGAAUUUGUUGCCAGCACGCACUCGCAAGCGUGUGUCGGCGUUCAGCGCGUUGCCUUUGAAAAGCUUGCCACCAUCCACAUGCUCUUCGCCGCCAUCCCGCAGCAAGCACCCGCGACCGGCGACGAUUCUUCCGUGCCUGACGCAGAUGUUUCUCAGCUGCGCUCUGGACCUCAGCUGCCAGCUCUGCUGACGCUGAACUGCGAGGCCGACGUGCAGCAGUCGUGCGCCACCUUCGUGCAAGCCGAGAUCGAGCGCUACAUCGAGAAAUCGGGUGUGCUCGAGAAGGAGUCGAAAUCCGCGGCCGGCGACGAGUCGGACGAGGAAGAGAACGACGGUGCCGAGGAUGACGACAACGAAGACGAGGACGAAGAAGACGAUGCCGAGGCUACACCCAAGGCAUCGCGCGUUCGUGGCGGCAAGAGCAAGAAGUCGAAGAAAUCCUCAUCCAAGUCCGCCGCCCAGAACGCCACAGAGGAGCGUCCGAACGAAGCGCAGCUGCAAGCCGAGCACACGUUCUGCUCGAUCAUCAGCACCUUCGUCUCGGCCAUCCGGGUCGGCAUCAUCGACGCCAAGUACUCCACUGUGGUUCUCACGCACUUUGGCCGGCUGGGCGCGAUCUACGACUCGUGCUGCAAAGCGCUCAUCGAGGUUCUCAAAGAAGAAGCCAUCUUUGGGGGCUACAACCGAGCCGUCAUCGUCGAAUCGGUCAUCUGGGACUCCCUUCGUGAGGCGUUCGAGCACUACCUCGACACGGGCGACUCCACUGUCGAGGCCCGGUUCAUCUCGCUCUCUCGUCAACUGGCCAACGCGCUCGUCGUCCGGGGUGCGGGUUUCACUGCGUUGCGCAAGAUUGACGCCCGCUGCCUGAUCAGCCUUCACAGUCGGGCGAGCGAGCACAUUGCUCAAAAAGUAGCAGCCGCCGAGCGAAACGGUGUGAAAAAGGUCAAAGCGCAGAUGCCAGCGUUGUACAAGGGGAUGGCGAAUCUGCUGCUCACCGCCAACCCCACGGACGCGGUCAAGAUCAAGAGUGCGAUGGAUCGGGCGUACCGCGCUGCACAGGUGCAGAUCCCGCCUACGAGCAAGGCAUGGGAUGCACACCGAUCGUACGAGAAGCGAUUGUUGAAGAUCGCCAGUAAGAGCGAGCUGUUCUCGAACGCCUUGACGCCGAAACGCCGAAGGGGGAAGGAGAUGGAUAGUGGAGGAGAGCUGAGUGAGGAUGAUGAUGGAUUGCCUGCCAGGGGAGAGAGGGUGCUGCCUACCCCCACGCGGACCUCCCAGAAGCGCCCAGCGGAGGAGGAGGAGGAGGAGGAAGAGGAGGAAGAUGUGAGUAUCCGUGCGCCACCUAGUGAAGAGGCCGAGGAGAUGGACGUCGAAAUGCCUCCCUCCGACGCAUCGCUGGAGGACGAGGAGGAGACUGCGCCCGUCGCAUCGGUCAAGCGAAGGAAGGUCUAG